UUAUUUGACUCGUCUCAUUGUCUGUCGUCGUAAUCUAUUUCUCCUUUUAUCCUCUUUCUCUCCUCGUGCCUCAAGCUCCAAAUCACCCCUUCCCCAAGAUUAGGAGAGGGAGAGAGCGGGGGAGAGGGAAUCGUUGAUUUGGAAUCAGUAUUUGGAUCUGCGCAUCAAUCGAGGAGGGCGGCCACGCAUUGGUGUCGCGGCCGAAUUGUUUGGCCACGAUGGCAAACGGGAGGCUCCAGAAGCAGGCACUGCUGCCGCCGCGUAUCCCCUUCCCGGUGGCGGCCGCGGCGGCGUCCCCUUCGCCGCAAGCCGAGCUCGGCCCGAUCGCGCGGCCGCGGGACGCGCACCACCGCCAAGGCCACCAGCGGACGUCCUCGGAGAGCGUCCUCGUCGACGAACAGCCGUCGUGGCUUGAUGACCUGCUCGACGAGCCCGACUCGCCGGCACGGCCGCACGGCCGUCCCGGGCACCGCAGGUCGUCCAGCGACUCGUUCACGCUGUUCGACGGUGCUGCCGCGGCCGCUGCCGCCUCCUCCGCUGGCACCUACGACAAUGUGUUUGAUGGGAUAAGGGGAGGAGGACAGCCUAGUUCUUGGGGCCGUGCACCGGAGUUUUUCCCGGAGCAGAACUCAUUUGGGCGCCCGCAGCCGCAGCCGCAGCCGCAGGGCCUGCCGUGGGAUCCCAGGCAGAUGUUCCUACAGGGCGUUGGCAUGCCGCUGCCGGUGAGGGAGAAGAAUGUCAUGCAUCAUGGUGCUGUGCUGAACGGUGUGGACAUGAAAGGACAUGUUGAUUCUGCUCAUGAUCAGAUGAUCGGAACAGAGCGAAACGAGGGCGAUGCGCACCUAAGGCACUCUCAGUCAGAGGCAGACACCAAGCGAGCCAAACAGCAAUAUGCUCAGAGGUCUCGUGUCCGGAAGCUCCAGUAUAUUGCAGAACUCGAGAGAAGAGUUCAAGCCUUACAGACACAAGGGAUAGAAGUUUCUGCUGAAAUGGAUUUUCUUGGUCAACAAAAUAUCAUGUUAGACCUGGAGAACAAGUCGUUGAAACAACGUCUUGAGAGUCUAUCACAGGAGCAUGUAAUUAAACGGGUUCAACAGGAGAUGUUUGAGCGGGAAAUAGGUCGUCUUAGAUCAUUGUUCCAACAGCAGCAGCAACAGCAGCAGCACAUACUGCAGCAGCAAGCUCCUACCCACAGUCGUAGUAACAGCAGAGACCUUGAUUCACAAUUCGCAAACAUGUCUCUGAAACACAAUGAUCCCAACUCAGGGCGGGAUGCUGUCCCUGGCCUUCGCAUCUAGGACUCUUCCUUUCCAGCUUUUGAUUCUGAGAGUAUCACGUAGCUUGGUACCCCCUGUGGCACCACUAUCUUGUGGUCAUCAGUUGCAUCAAGAGGGGAGCUGUGGCUGUGAACCGGGAAUCAUAUCCCAUGAUGAAUAAUGCUGGAAAGGGUAAAAACCGUGGAUAUGAUCUUUAUUUAUUCUGGAAUGUGCACCUGAUGGUCGUCCUCUCAGCUCAUAUCAUUGUCGAUGAUCGACCAGUCGGAGGUGUUUAGGUCUGUCUACUCCGCAGGGUGAUGCUUUUCUUGCAUCCUCGUAUGAACAUUGAGGUUCUGAUUCAUUUCUUUAGUGUUGUGUACUAUUUCUUAUUAGUGAAGGUGAGCAGGUUAUGUUAUGAUUCUGCCGCAUCCCAUAGAACUAUUUCAAUAAGCUAGUGCAGAUGGAGCUUUGUUGUAGUUCAGUUUCAUUUGUUUUCUUCAAAAACAUGGUAUUAGAACACUUGAUUUUCUGAUAUCUUUGAGCUGUGUAAUUGUUUAAGCAUCUUGUUUUAACAGUAUUAUAUAUCUGUUGCUGAUGAAGAAUUUGAUAUUGCACUA